GCUCUCCCCCAACCAAACAAAGAGGGCAGGAGCUUUUCAAACAGGAGCUUUCCACAAAGUUGAGUAGUGCGGUGAGGACACCAGAGGAUGUUGAAGAACUGGUCUGCUCCCAGGUCUGUGCUGUCGAAGCCCGGCUGGAGAGAGCAGCAGUAUUAGCACUGGUUUAAUGCCUUCCUCCAAAAGGGUUGUGGUGAUCUCUCCUGGUUUCCUGCAUGUAGAUACUUAAGCGGUGAAGGACUGUGAAGAGCCUGCAAGUUCUGAAGCAGUGAAGAUUUUGGAACUGGGGGCCAUGAAGCGGCUUCCAUAGAUUGCUUGUUGCAUCUCUUGUGACUUGAAGGGAAGGGGUCACAGAACUGCACAGUGGACUGCACAGUGGACCUGCCUCUCUCAUCCACCAGAGUGACCCUGAAAUAUCUUUGCCUUCAGGAAUCCUGCCGCAUUCCAGUGGUGGCACCGAGACUGACUAGAAUCUGAUGACAAAGGAUACUGAACCAGGCACUAUGGGUUCCCAUCUGUCUGCUUGUUUAACUCAGUGCACAAAUAUACCAGUGACAAUCACGAACAGCUAUAGAAGUCUUAACUAGAACUGGAUUUACAGAACCAGCUAGUUACAGGCAGUGGGUUGUUGUGCUCAACAGCCAAAGUCUGAAUCUAGCCGUUCCACUCCUAGUAGGUUAACAAUCCUCCAGUCCCCUGCCCCUCAAAAAGAGGGAAUCGUAUAAUUGACACCAAAGAGAUAGCAAAAGUACCCUAUCCAACAUGCUGGGCCAGGGUGCUUUGGCAGAUUGCACUAUUUAAUAUCCUGUGGCAGCAGGGGCCAUUCUUAACAGUGCCUGGAGCCCUGGUAAACAGCGUAAUACAUUUUAGGGUGUUCCUUUCUUCUGUAUAUUUCAGUUGCUUCUCUUCAAAGAAGAGGCAAGAGACAGCGACCCCACUCUGCCCAGGGGUCUUGAACUUCCCCCUCACACCCCUCGUUAUCCUUUUCUCUUUCUAUCCACCCAAAGGCUGAAGAUAGCCAGAUGAGACAUAUCACAGGUGGGAUUUAGUGUGCUCUUAUCCUAUUUUGUGUUCACUGCACCAGGAUGGAUAGACUGUAAAUCCCUUUCCACAGGGCAGCGAGUGAAUCUUUUCCUACGUCAAGGCAAGACCUUGAUUGCAGUGCCUCUUUCUUCCCUGAUGCCUGAAGCUAGUACCUCCUUCCUUGUUCCCAAGAUGUUUAGUUAGAAACCUAAUUGCACACAGGCUCCCUAGUUUUGGAGCUGUGGUUAUCUCUGGCAGCAGCUAUAGUUAUUAUUGGCAGCCUGGGGCCAGGUCACUAGCAGAGGCUGAACAUCUUCACUGGAAGGGUACAGUGUAGCUGUUGGGGUUGGAGAUUUUUUCCCUGCAGAUAUUACUCCUGUGGCUGCUUGCCAAGUGCCCCUCUUCUCCACUGCUGCUGUGACAGCAGGAAUAUCACAUUGGUCCAUGAACAUGGCCCUGCCAGCUGUCCUUGCUAAGGAUGUAGCUGCAGAACACUAGACUAAAGGGUAGCUUGAGAGAGUAAUAGGCCAGCAUCCCUUGUCCUGCCAGGUGCCUGGGUGCACAAUGGGCCGCUUGGAUGACCACGCCAAGAAGCGGAUUGUAGAGCUGCGCAAAGCUGGGCUGAGCUUCCGCAAAAUCAAAAAGGUCCUGGAGCUGGACAACAUCCGAGUGACCCCCCAAGCCGUCUACCUGUUCCUGAAGCGAAAGAAUGUGGAGCCUGCCCAGUCCCCAACUGCCUCCCAUCCCCAGCCAGCCGUGGGCCGGGGGAACAGGACAAUGACCAUCAAUGGAUCUGGCUGGGAGGACGAACAGCUCUGGAACUUGCUGCAGGAAAAUGAGACUGAACAGAGCAAGCAGCUGGAGCCCGUGGGCAGUAGGCAGUCGGGUGCCAGGUCCCCAGUGACCCCUGGAGAAACUGUUGUGAGCUGUGAGAGGCUCUCCAUCCGUGACAACCAGGACAGCAAGGAAGGCAUCAAAAUUGUCAGUGUGACUUCACUGUGCAAGGACAGUGGGCAGUUUGGAAAUGUGUCUGCUGCACCAAUGGGCCCCUCUCCAGGGCCACAGCUGACCCCCAGUAAUAUCAAUGCAGGUGAUGACUGCUCUGUGACUCAACCCUCUCCUUUGAGCAGCCGCUCAGCUCUGCUUCCACCGGCAUCCUCCCAGCACCAGCUGAACAACAGGGGGAAAAUAUUUCUGCCCCCUGCCAGGAACCCAGCCUUAAUUGUGAAGAAGAAGAUUGUAGAUAGAGCCAUCCACCUCCAGAAAAAGGUGAACAUUCAGAACGGGCAGAAUCCAUCUGGCUCUACAAGUGUCCUGCCUUUUGUGGUAGGAGUGCAGCCAGGCAGCCAGCCUCCCAGGAUGAACCCAGCUACCAUGGCAGCUUCCACGAACCACCACACACAGGUCAAAGAUGCCAGCUCUCAAACUGUCCCGCUCAGUGGUGCUAGUCCUCUGGGCAGUCAGAACUCAGUGUGGGGAGGGCAGAUGCUUGCCAUCUCCCAGAACCCUCUUGCCAUUGUCGAGAAGCUGGAUGCACUACAUUCAGAGAUCCAGAAACUGACUCACACCAUGCAGGCUGUGCUAGAGAGGCAAUGCAGCAUGGAGCGCCAGCAGGAGCAGCAGCAGCGUUUCCAGCAAGAAGUGCUUAUGACGCUUCAGCAGCUCAGCUCCACAGUCAGCCACGGGACAGUGCCAGGAAACCAGCCCUGUGUCCCUUUCAGCAGCAUGGCAGAUCCCUCACCCACUGUACCAAACUUCAGCCAGUUCAAGAUGGAGAUCAUCUAAUGCAAGGUAAAGGCCAACAGGUCUCAGUGGGUCUAGGAAGGAGAGUGGCAGCAGGGACCAACUAGCAGAAGAUCCUAAGGGACAUGGGCAUUCUCACUGCAGAUUGCUCCUGACACUCUUCCUGCAAAGGUAGAAUGCUGGGCAGCCAGUACUACCUUGAGGCUUCAUCUGCUCUGAUCUAGUUAACCAGGAGCUGCUACCUGCUGGAAGAGGCACAUGCUGAUGGGAAGUUGUAACCAGCUUGUUUUAAAAGAAAGCCUUAAUUCUACUCCUCUGUGCAGCAAGUGAGUGCUGGCUUGGCCAGCAACAUACAGGGUCAAUUGCUGGGGUGUUCCAGCUUCAGUGCAGCAAAAACACAGUUAGGCUGUAGGCUCUCCUUUGCUCAGAGGAAACAUCUCUUAAUGUUUACACUCUUGGGGGAAUGAGCACCUGGAAAACCAGCCUGGGAGGACACUUCAUGCUUUUUCCUCUUACGAAUCUCAGUAAAGUCUGUAUGUGCUCUGGAACCUCCUGAACUCUGUUCCUGGGUAGGUUAAUUUGCACCACCAUCUCAUCUAUAGAGAAGUGCUUAUAUAGAAGUGCUGCUGACUUUCCGCCUGCCCCACUCCAGUACUGCUCAUGGAUGCCAGGGACUCAGCCCUGACCUUCAGCUAUCCCUGCUUACUCUGCUCUGUCAUGGCAACUAACUCCUCAGCUUAACACUGUCUGUUGCAAUAAUUCUGGUCCUCUUUGGAUGUGUCUACAUAUGCAAUUGCAGAGCCUGAAUAAACCGUGGAGCUUA